AUGCCGAAUGCCAACUGUAGCAUGCGAAGACUUUUGUCAACCUCCUCAGAUGUCAAAAGCAGUGACAAUAUGUCUCAGCAAGACAAAAUCAUGGAGAUCCAUAGCCAGGUGCUCAAAAUCAUUGAAAUACUUGGGCAAAUGUCCACGAUACUCGAGUCAAUAGAAACACAGAGUAAAGAACAAUAUGAUGCUGAUCUACGGGCCUCUGUGAAAGGAAAUCGGGAUGUAGCACGUAGCAUUUGAGUGUCGGCAAGCAUUAUUGCUGACUAUUCACCAAGGUACGUCGAGAAUGAGUAUAAUUGAAUGAAAUGAAUGGGAAUCGACAUCGAGUUAUUGAGAUUGUUGGUUCCUUGCCUUGGCUGUCCGUGAGAUAAAAAUCCGACGCGGAAGACAAAGUGACUUUUGCUGAAACCCAAUUGUUA